AUGACGGCGACCACCGCAACGGCUUCUACUCCCCUUUUUCGAGCAGUUCUUCCUCCCCCACUGAACAGCUUCGACGGCGACACUGGAAGUGGCGAACGGGGUGCCAUUCACUGGUUCCACAAAGCCAAGAGCUUUUCACAUGGCCGAUGCUUGUUAUCCUGGAACGCCGUCUUGGGUGUUCUUGUAAGAGCCAAUCGGAUCAAUUUGUCAAAAUCUAUCUUUGACCAAGUUGUGGAAGAGAGUGUGUUUGAGCUCGACGUGUUCACUUAUACCACCAUGAUUAGGGACUUCUGCAAAAUAGGCAUGGUCCACAGUGCACUCAAGGUGUUCGAUGAAAUGCGCUGUGCGCCCAAUUCAAUUACUUACAACACUUUGAUUCACGGGUUUUGCAAGAACGGUGAUUUAGAGGGUGCCAAGAGGGUUUUUGAUAGAAUGGUGGAAGUAGGAGAUCAGAAUUGCAAGCCGGAUGUGGUGACUUAUACUACUUUGAUUGAUGGAUAUUCAAAGAAAGGUGAGUUCUGCGAAGCUUUGGAGUGUAUGGAGGAGAUAGUAAAACAGGGUUGUCAUCCAAAUGUGUUGACUUACAAUGCGUUGAUUGAAGGCCUUUGCAUGGGUGGGAAUGUGGACGAGGCCAUGAAGAUGAUGACUAGGAUGCGAUUGAAUGGUUUAGAAGACAAUGUUACCACAAACACUAGCAUCAUGAAGGGUUUUGCAUUGUGGGGAGGUCUAAAGAAGCUAUCAUGCAUACGAAGGAAAUGA